GGUACAGCAAUCGGACAACUGGUCAAACAAAUUCCAAAUGUGAAGAUGAUUGGUACUGCCUCAGUUGCAAAACAUGAGAAACUGCAGCCAUACUACUCACAACUUAUCAGUAGCACAAUGGACUAUGUGACAGAAAUUAAGAAGGAAAAUCCUCUUGGAAUAACAGUAGUUCUAGAUUGUCGUUCUGGUGAAGAUACAAGCAAAUCAAUCUCUCUCCUCCAACCAUUGGGUCGUUACAUCGUCUACGGAAGUUCUAAUUUCGUUACUGGUGAAAAGAAAAAUCUCUUCAGCUUUGCAAAAUCGUGGAUACAAAUGGACCGCAUUAGCCCUCUUAAACUCCUUGAAGAAAACAAAACGUUGGGAGGAUUCUCCUUAAAACAGAUGAUUUUCCGACAGCGCUACUCCAAACUUAUUUUCGAUGCAUGGACGGCUCUCAAUCAACUCCUGAAUGAGAAGAAAAUUGAGCCAAUCGUGGAUAGCGAAUGGAGUUUUGAAGAGACGGAAAUAGAAAAGAAAUCUGAAGAAGCAGGAACUUCCGAAAUGAAACCGAAAGAGGAACCAGCUAAAGUGGCAAAUGCAACAGUUUCCUCCUGA